AUGUCCCCAGACGCGCUGCCAUCAGGCAGCAAAGGAGCAUCUGUUAAUGAGCCAUUCUCGGAUGCAUCGAGCUCUUACUGGUCCGAAGGGUGGAAUUGGGCCCGCUUUAGCGACCCUGACGCCAAUAUCAUGGCCUUGCCGGAAGACGAAAGAACCAAGAUGAUGAGUGGUUUAAAGGAGAUUCUGGGUGAGGAAGGUGUGAGAAGAAUGCAUAUUUAUAUACGGCGAAAGCGGGAGAGGUUAGAGGACAAAAAGCUACGGGAACAGGGCGUUCCUCCGCCUAAAUACGAUGCGCCACAAUUCCUUAAGCAAUGGAGAAAAGGCUACUCUAAUAAUACCCCUUGGGGGUUUGUUGCAUUCCGCACCGUCUUAUAUGAUGACGAAGAGAAAUGGGCUCAAUUUAAAGAUCGAGUUCAUCAGAUCCUACAUCUGGCAUUUGAUAAAGUAGUUGGGCACCACAGGGGGCAUGAAUAUGAGGAGGUCGCGAAGGCAAGGAAGUGGUUUACUCUUCAUUGGGUGGAGGAUAAGGGGCUCGAUGGUGCCACUGAAGAGACUCUUCGUGAGUGGUAUGCGAAUGCGAAGACUGAUGCACCCACAGGUAUGGGCUAUAACAUGUUCUUGUGUACCUGUGCGGAGGCCGUUGAGUCUGUUUUUUCCAACGAUUUUCCAACCAUCGACUCAUUCAAUUGGCGCGACGAUGCUCCGUUCCUACUCGUUGUUAUGGAAGUAACCGAAGUAAAUCCUCAUGAUGAGGAAGAACAUGACCCUGAUGACCCUCAUACCGAGAGAAACUGGUAUAAAUCCGUCUUCAAGGUCCCCAUAGAGAUCGUUCCCGAUGAACUCUGGGGCGAAAUUGACAGCGAAAUCUUCCCGCAUACAAGGCUCACGAGAAACGUUAAGGGAUGCAAUCAACUACUAGGAGGCAAGGUGCCUAACAAUACCCCCAAUGUGGAUGGCUUAACCGAGCUUUGGUGGGGGAUGUCAGCGUCGCCCAAGAGCAUUAGAAGGAGGCAUCCAUACUUAUUUUCGGUUUGA